UAACUACCGCGCAUUACUCGCGUGUGCCUUUGAAUUGCCAUAGAGUUCUGCAAAUAACUAUCAGACCAUUCGGCAAAAUGUUGGCCUCAGUUGGAAUAUCCAGCGCUUCGGGCGCUGUUCCCAGCGACACUCCAGUCGCUCCGUUGCAACCACAAAAAGACGUCGCCACAGAAUCAGACGAUGAUUCGAAUCUGCAGACUGUGGACGACUUGGUUCGAAAGCGAGCUCGAACCAACUCUCACGAUAUCAUUGUCUCCUAUCCUUCUUCUGGCAUUGAAUAUGUCGACUAUACCAUGCAGCAACUGGACGUCUUUGCGUACAGAGCUGCCAUACACUACCAACAAUUCAUACCAACUCGGUCAUCUUCGGAAGAAAAACCAACUGUUGUGGCUCUCUUGGGGCCGUCCAACUUCGAGUACUUGGUCACAAUGCUGGCCUUGACAAAACUCGGACACACCAUUUUAUUCUUGUCAACACGACUCUCUCAGGCGGCAAUCGAAUCGCUGAUGUCCGUGACUGGAACUAAAUAUCUCCUGGCCGAUUCCAGGUAUCUUGAAGUUGCCAGUGAGAGUACACAGGGAGAUCUGUCUCACAUCCAGAUCCAUCGCAUUGCAUCCAAGGGAGUCUUUGACUUCCCGGUCGAAGUCCAUGCCGACACAAGACUGGACUCCGCUCUUGACCACAAUGUGGAAGCAAACAACUACAUUUACAUAAUCCACUCAAGUGGAUCAACGGGUCUGCCCAAGCCCAUCUAUCAGCAACAAAAGGCAGCACUGUCCAACUACGCCGUCAGCAUGGAGAUGAAGGCAUUCAUUACCUUGCCCCUUUACCACAAUCACGGUAUCUGCAACUUGUACAGAGCCAUCUACGCAAAGAAGGCCAUUCACAUGUACAGCGCAGACCUUCCCCUGACCCAACAGCAUCUGACUGCCGUGAUGCAACAACAUAAAUUCGAGAUCUUCUACGGUGUGCCAUACGCCCUGAAGCUCCUCUCCGAGACAGAGAGGGGCAUUGAGCUUCUGAGGCAGCUAAAGGUCGUCAUGUACGGUGGCUCCCCAUGCCCUGACGAGCUCGGCGACCUCUUGGUAGGGAAAGGGAUCAAUCUUAUUGGCCAUUAUGGAGCGACUGAGGUGGGACAACUCAUGACUUCGUUCCGGCCACCAGGGGAUAUGGCGUGGAACUACGUCCGAGAAAACGAUAGAGUUUCCCCGUUUCUGAAAUGGGUUCCCCGGGGUCCGAAAUUGUUCGAAUGCUGCGUCGUCGAUGGAUGGCCGUCCAAGGUUGCCUCCAACCAGCCCGACGGCUCGUACUCGACCAAGGAUCUCUUUGAGCCCCAUCCCAAGAUUCCUCGCGCCUGGAAGUACAUCGCCAGAAUGGACGACACCAUCGUCCUGGUAAAUGGCGAAAAGACUAACCCGGUUCAAAUGGAAGGGCGGAUACGCUCCAACAACGCCGUUGCCGAAGCCGUCAUUUUUGGAACCGGACGUCCCUAUCUCGGUGUCCUUAUCAUCCCCUCUGAGUCCACUGCCGGAAAGUCCAACGAGGAAAUUGUGGAAUUGCUAUGGCCUACGAUAGAUUCUUCUGGUCCCGCUGAAGCAUACGCUCGCAUCUCCAAGAACAUGAUCCGAAUCCUCCCGCGGAACGUCGACUACCCAAGAACCGACAAGGGCAGCUUCAUUCGGCAGGCGUUCUACAAGCAAUUCGCAUCCGAUAUUGAGGCAGCGUAUGAUGCCGCAGACACAUGCCAAGGUGGAUCGCUUAAGGCGUUGACCGUCCAAGAGAUUCGUCAAUACCUCCGCGAAACUCUGCUCAAGUCGCUUGUCCGGGCAUCGAAUGUCGCUGAUGACGCAGACUUCUUCUCUCUAGGAUUAGACUCGCUUCAGGCUAUUCAGCUGCGAAGCGAGAUCUUGAAGACGGUGGAUACGAGGGGCCAGAAGCUCGGGCAGAACGUGGUCUUCGACUACCCUUCCAUCGCCAAGCUGAGCAAUUACCUGUUCAAGCUCGCCACCGGAAGUGAGGACGUAAAGACCAGAUGCGUCGAGGACGAGAUGACUGAGAUGAUCGCCAAAUACGGGGAAUUUUCCCCAAGGCCAUCACGCUUGCCGUCGUCGGUGGUCGUCACCGGAACCACCGGCUCCUUGGGUGCCCACGUCGCCGCUCGCGUAGCCUCCGACCCGACCGUAUCCCGCGUCUACUGCCUCGUCCGCGCCAAAGACCAAACUGACGCCCUCCGCCGCGUUCACGACUCCCUACAAAAUCGCCGUGUCUACGAGACUCUGCCCCCCGGCGCACAGCACAAGAUCAUCCCCCUUAUCUCCGACUUCUCCAACGCCCACCUUGGCCUUUCACAAUCCGUCUACAGCGAAGUGACUUCAAGCCUCCGCAGCGUUAUCCACUGCGCCUGGGCCGUAAACUUCAACCUGACCGUGUCAAGCUUCGAGCGCGACUGCAUCGCGGGCGUCAAGAACCUGCUGGACCUCUGCCUUGCGGCCGAAGGCCCAGUCCCGGCCAGUUUCGACUACUGCUCCUCCGUCAGCUCUGUGGCACGGGCGCCAAGCCCCGUCCCUGAAAGGAUUCCAGACCUCGAGUGGGCCCAGGGCAUGGGCUACGCGCAGUCCAAGUCCGUGUCAGAGUACCUGUGCCACCUGGCUGCCAAAAAGACGGGGAUGCGUGUCCGCGUGCUGAGGGUCGGACAGAUUGUCGCUGAUACUCGGACGGGCAUCUGGAAUCCCACCGAGGCCAUCACGAUGAUGAUGCAGAGCGCGCUCACCAUUGGGGCUUUGCCGAAGCUGCAGGAGACGCCCUCGUGGCUGCCCGUCGACACCGUCGCCCAGGCCAUCAAGGAGAUUGCGCUUUCUGAUACAGGUUCGAUCUUCGCCAAUGUGACGAACCACCGCCUGUUCCGUUGGACUGAAGACUUACUGCCCAUGCUCCGGAACGCGGGCUUGGAGUUCGAUGAGGUUGAGCCCAAGGAGUGGGUGCAUCGACUGCGCGGGUCGGAGCCGGAUCCCGAAAAGAACCCGCCUAUUAAGUUGGUUGACUUCUUUGCUUCGAAGUACGACAAGGAUCAGAUCAACCCUUCGAGAACUUAUGUCACCGAGACGGCGCGCUCGCUGUCUCCGGCGCUGGAAAAUGCGCCUGUAUUGAAUCAGGAGCUAGUUGACAAGUUUGUGCAGCAUUUCUUAGCCACUGCUUGGAAGAGAGAUAACUGAAGACAAUAGCGAGCAUUGCGUAAACAUGCAUGUUUCUCGGUAGAGUAGAGUAGAGUAUGAUUUGUAGCUUAAUUAGCAUGAGCCAACUGGACACAGCAAACUAGCAUGAUCGUGGAUGUUGUAUGUAGAUAGUCGAAAGUCAUUUUGCAACCAAAAGCUCGUAAUAUACCCUUAAUGUGAUCUUCCCCGAAUAUGGCGAGCGGU